AUGGAUCCAGUUCUACAAAAUCCUGCCGUUGCUGCAGUGGCUGCCAAAUAUGCGGAUCCGGAGUAUCAGGACGUUCACAUCAAUCUGUUCUCAAAGUCAAUCGUCCGACCAAUCCCACACGUUCUUCCGCCCGGUGUCAGCCAAACCAAUUUCGACCGCGCCAUUCGCGAGUGGUCUAACGCGUUAGGCAGUGAGAACGUCUUUUCAGGCGACAAUGUGAAGGAAUAUAUUGAUCCAUAUGAGCUUAAUGAGGAUGCCUCCACGAGAAGGGUGCCAAGUGGCGCAGUCUGUCCUGCUACGUUGGAACAAGCUCAAACGGUUCUCAAGAUUGCCAACAAGUACCAAAUUCCGCUGUGGACGUUCUCCCGGGGCAAAAACUUGGGAUAUGGUGGGCCCGCACCACGAUUGUCGGGGUCUGUAGCCCUAGACUUACACCGCAUGAAUCGUAUCAUCGAGGUGAACGAGGAAUAUUCCUACGCUGUGGUCGAGCCGGGCGUCACUUUUACUGACCUGUACGACUACUGCAAAGAAAAAGGCCUGCGCGUCUGGCCUAGCACCCCAUCACUGGGUUGGGGCAGCGUUGUCGGUAAUACUGUCGAUCGUGGAACCGGUUUCCUUCCUACGGCCAACCAUUGGCAAAAUAUGGCCGGCUUAGAGAUCCUGCUCGCGGAUGGCGACUUAGUUCGAACAGGACAGUUUGGCAUUUCAAAUUCGGCAGCCGCACAUACCUCCAAAUUCACCUUUGGUCCGUCAAUCGAGGGACUCUUCCUACAGAGUAACCUAGGAAUCGUCACCAAGAUGGGUAUCUGGCUGACACCUCAACCUGAGGCAUAUUUAUCGUGCUUUUUCGAGGUUCCUAAGUUUGAUGACAUCGAGGCGCUGGUCAACGUAUUUGGGACGCUACGCAUGAAUGGAGUCAUUCCAAACACAAUCUUCGUCUCAAGCGUAAUCGAGGUGUUAGCCUUGAUCAAAAAACGAGUCGACAUCUACGAUGGUCCAGGACCUAUUCCACCACACAUCUUGGAAAAGGCGCAACAGGAGUAUAACCUAGGGUACUGGAAUGCCAAGUUUGGGCUCUUUGGUCCUCGAGGUGUGAUUACCGCUCAACUGGAAGAGAUCCAGCGUGCUGUCAGCAAACAUGCCCCAACCGGUACGCUACGAAGUGAACUUUUCUCUGGCGAGGAUGGCCAACUACUUGACGCUUCUAACAUUCCCGAACCGCACGGCGGCGUCUUUGUGGGCGUGCCUACGCUAUGGAGUUUACCCAUGGUCAAAUUUCGAUUACCUAAGGACGAGUCCAAAGGGAUUUCGGGCCAUGGAGACUUCUCAUCGAUCAUCCCGUCCAAUGGAAAGCAGGUUUUGGACUGGGUCCGCCAAUCGAAGCGUAUCAGCGAAAAGCACGGCUUUGAUCUCUUCUGCGACUUUUUCAUGCACGAGCGCCACCUCAUCUUUGUCAACUUCCAAGCCUUCGACAAGACACUAGUGGAGCACCAGGUCGGUAUUCAAGCUCUAUUUGCGGAGUUGUAUGAUGAGGCAAAGGAGAAGGGUUUCAGCAAUUAUCGCUCCCAUAUCAACCACAUGGAUCCCGUCGCCGAACUGUAUGACUUCAAUCAGCACGCGUACCGGAGAUUUGUCGAGAAGCUUAAGGAUACCUUGGACCCUAAUGGCAUUCUUUCUCCUGGAAAACAAGGGAUGUGGGGGCGAAAUUAUCAACAAUUCCGCGAUAUAUCCAUCCCCAAUGGGCUGGAUGGUCGAAAAGCAAAGCUAUAG